UCGACAUAACCCCGAGAGUAUGUUCAUGAGCUUCUCAGGUCUAUUUACGCGACAUCCAACAUUGGUCUUUUCCUGUUUAUAGCCAUAUUAUUGAAAUAUAAGGUUUAGCAGCAUGCUCGUUGCCAUCAGCCUCAAUUUGUUAUCAACUGUCUGCCAACACACCAUAGGCCGCUUACUUCCCAUCAACGUGAAUCGUUUCCCUUUUUUUCAUCAACAAACAGUAAUGGACGACGACGACCCACAGGACUAUGACCCCCUACCACCCCCACCAGACCCUGCUCGAUCGACGACUGACCGGACCUUCUUCGACACCACAGGAUGCACGAUCUAUGGCUACCCCUCUACUGGCGGAGUUCUUAUUAAAGAGGCUAAUCUUGUCGAUAUGCUUUUUCUAUCGCUCCCUCGCUCUCAUGUAUCGUACCGCUCACUUAAUACCGAUGAGGAAGACAGGUUCUGUAGUCUUAUGAAACGGACUGGUGCGACAUUAGAGGAAGAAGAGAAAGUAAUGGUAUACGGUUGGCCGACCGAUGGAGUGGGUGUAUGGAUAUUAAGAUUCAAAAAUACGGAGGAAUUACCCAGAGACUUUGGAAGAAUAAAUUUAGCAAUGAAUAUGGAGGAGAAGAUACAGAUUAUGAGAGAGUUUGGUGCUACGUUUGUUGAAGAUGUCAUGCAGGUGGAGGAACUCAACA